GAUAAACAGAGUGUUUACAAGCAACGUCAGGAAGCUGCAGGUUAUUCAGAAGUCAAAAGGGGGAAAACAGUUUAAAACAUGGUUCUUUUAAUGUGUAGAAACCAUGCUUUUGUUUUUUGGAAAAACGAACAGGAACUAGAACCGGUGAACGAAAGUUCCGCGUUUGAAGUAGUGAAGCUAGCUACACGCAGCACGAACUGCCGUGUUUUACAAAGCAUGCUUUUAAUUUGUAGCAAAGGUGUUUUUUAUUUUGGAAAAACGAACAGGAAGUAGACGAGAGUCGCUUAAACAUUGCCAAAGUGUAGUUCCGCGUUUGACGCUGUUGAUGCAGCGGAGCUAGCUACAUUGCUACAUUGCCACAGUGAAGCGGUGAUGAGCGACAGCCCUCUGUCGGCGCAGAUGGACGAGGUGCGGCGGCGAGCCCGCUCCCUGCUCUCCUCCACGGGCGUCGCCCAGGACGUGAAGGCCGACGUCCAGACGAUGGCCGGCGUCGCCCUGCCUCUGUCGGAGAAGUACGUCCACCUGGCUGCGGAGGCCAUGCUGAGGGAGAACACGGCGAGCAGAAGCCGAGCGGAGGCUCUGGAGUCCUUGAGCCGCCUGGUCAAGGCCUUGAGCAUCCUGGAGAAGUACGGCUGCAACCUGACGUCCCCCGCCAGGCCCAAGUACUGGAGGAGCGUCAAGCACAACAACCCCGUGUUCAGAACCACGGUGGACGCCGUCAAGGGCGGCCGCACGGUCCUCUUCCUCUACGGCUACACCAACCAGCAGGUCGACGGCCUCAGCUUCCCGGAGGAGGUCAGCGAGCCGGACGGCGAAAAGGUCGCCGAGGUGACGCUGGAGGUCAUGACCUUGCGCACAGAGGUGGACAUGCUGGUGAAGGGCUCCCAUCCUCACCUCGACAACUUCAAAGAUAUCCUGCCAUUUCUCACACAGCAGGAGAAGGUGGCGAGCGACUCGGCGGUCGUCCCGCCCGCGGAGGAGCUGCACGCCGACAAACCCCAGGUCCUGUCGCCUUCGCCCAAACCUGCUCAGAGCCUCGUGGGACUGAGCCUGAAACCAUCAGCGGGCUCUGUCGCAGGCGGCGUGUGUAAUCUGUGCGGCGGCAGCGCGUCUCUGCUUUGUCCGUCUUGUGACGGUCAGUGUUUCUGCGACGCGUGUGACGGACUCUUUCACCGCCACCCGACCAGAGCCAGUCACAAGAGAGACAAAAUACCGGAGACCUGCGGCAUCUGUGGUGUUUCCACUGUCCAGUCUCAGUGCUCCACUUGUGUCCAGAGGUUGUGUCUGAACUGUGACCGGCUCUUCCACUCGCACCCCGACCGCAAGGGACACAACAGAGCCGCUGUGGUGCCGGUCAAGACGUCCAGUCCGUCUCUGUCGCCGUGGGAGUGCGCACACUGCACCACGGUGAACGAGAUGCGAGCCGUGCUCUGCUCCACCUGCGAGCGGCCUCGACUCGCCACGGCCGCGUCCACCGCUCCGGACGCCGGCCCUGCGUCAGGCGCCACGUCACCGAACACGGAGUGGCAGUGUAAGAGCUGCACGAUGGUGAACCAAGGCUGCAGCAUCCUGUGUGAGGUGUGUGAGCGCCCCCGCCUGGCCACUCGCCCGCCCGUUGCCCCGGUGUCGUCCAGCCCCGGAGCUCCGUCUGAUCCCAGAACAAAGUGGACCUGUCAGUUUUGCACCUACGUGAACACCAAGCCGACCGCCGUGUGCGAGAUGUGCAGCCUGCCGUGUAAAGACUUACUUCCUGGCGGCGACUCGGCGCCUCAGUCUCUUCAGCAGACGCCGUCCACCAACGUCGACCUCAGGGAGCAGCCUGCACCUGGCGUCAAGCCUCAGCCCAAGCCCCGGGUCAACCCGGAGCUGAGGCGGCAGAAGACGAUGAGGGAGGACGGAAUCGGCCUCAUCCACCAGAUCAGGGAAGCCGAAAAGCGAGGCGUGAGCCCCGAGGAGGUGUUCGCGGCGCUCGGCGUGUGUGGCGGCAGCAACGUCAACCCCUGCGAUUGGGUGACGUCGGAGCUGCCUCACCUGCUGGAUGAGAUCUGCGCCAUGGCGGCGUCCGUCCAGCUGAACUACAGGGCGGGCGACUCUGCUGCCGGGGCUCUUCACCCCGCGUUGGAGAGGGACGGGGAGGUGGAGGAGGAGGAGGAACGCGGUCCCAGCGCCGCCGCGGGCCAAGGCGUGAAGCUGUCCCGGGCCGAGGCCAAGCUGGCCUGGCUGUCGGCCGGCGGCGACACGGACCGAGCCGUGACGCAGCUGCUCAGAGAGCGACAGGUCAAGACGAGGGAGCUCCAGUCUCUGGGCUUCAGGGACGUGGCCCAGUGCGAGGAGGCCCUGCGGCUGAGCGGCGGCGAGCUCAAGGGGGCUCUGUCUCUGCUGCAGCGCCCCCUGCUGGAGCCGUUCCACCGGCGCAUCUGGACCGAGCAGCCCGAGCCGCCGAUCGACCCCAAGAACCCGGACAAACAGAGGAUGUGCAGGCGUCUACUGGCGCUGUACGACCUGCCCAGCUGGGGGCGCUGCGAGCUCGUGCUGGCGCUGCUCCAGGAGCCCGGCGUCACCUGCUCGCUGGAGGACGUCGUCCAGGCCGUGAAGGAUUCGCACGACAAGGACUUCAUCCGGCGUCUGCUCAACAACGAGUGUCCCUGCUGCCUGAGCAUCUUCCCGCGCCGCAAGAUGCAGUCCCUGACGUCCUGCCAGUGCUCCGUCUGCCACGAGUGCUUCGGGCAGCACUUCACCGUGUCGGUGAGAGACAAACACAUCAGGGACAUGGUGUGUCCCGUCUGCGGCGAGCCCGACAUCAACGACCCCGAACAGCUGGACAGCUACUUCUCCACGCUGGACAUACAGCUGCGGGACUGUCUGGAGCCCGACGUGUACGAGCUGUUUCACAAGAAGCUGACGGAGCACGCGCUCAUGAAGGACCCAAAGUUCCUCUGGUGCUGCCACUGCACGUCUGGGUUCAUCAACGACGGAGACCAGCUGAAGGUCACGUGUCCGGCGUGUCGCAACAGUUUCUGUACUCGGUGCAAGAAACCUUGGGAGGCUCAGCACCAGGAUCUGUCCUGUGAGCAGUUCCAGCAGUGGAAGAGGGAGAACGACCCCGAGUACCAGAGGCAGGGCCUGGCCGGGUACCUGCGGGACAACGGCAUCACUUGUCCUCACUGCAGGUUCCAGUACGACCUGACGAAAGGCGGCUGCAUGCACUUCAGCUGCUCCCAGUGCCGCUACCAGUUCUGCAGCGGCUGCAACAAUCCCUACCACAAGACGGGAUGUAAGACUCCUCAGUGCAGUUACUCGGGUCUUCACGCUCAUCACCCUCGUGACUGUCUCUUCUACCUGAGAGACUGGGAGCCGCUCCGACUCCAGGCGCUGCUGCAGAGGAGCGUUGUGGAGUUCAACACUGACUCUUCGAACGGAACUCAAACUGACACUUGCGGAGUGAUGGAGCAGAAGGACGACGGAGGUCUGCAGAUGGAUUCACCGUGUGGCGUUCAAACGCAGCCGGGACAAGCUGGACUCUGCGAGAGACACUACAGGGAGUACCUGGUCAGUCUGAUCAACGCUCACUCUCUGGACCCGGCGCUGCUGUACGACGGCCAGGAGCUGGUCCGGGCCUGUGAGCGGUACCAGGUGGACGUUCAGCGCGCGGAGGGCGACGACGACAACGCUCACCACGCUCGCCUGCUCAAGAAACUGAUGGAGGUUCCUCUCGGAGAAAAAGUUCCUCGCAUCAAAUAGAAAUAUUCCUGCACAUCAUCAUCAUCAAAUUAUCAUCAUUACCGGCCUGGAAUAUGGAAAUUCAUUUUGGAUUUCCUGGUUGAUCAUAACUAUUGGAACAGUUGCAGAAGAACGUCUGUGCGUUUUUGCUCAGACAGUUUUUUAUAAAUGUUGGAACAUAAAAUCUCAUGUUGAUUCACGUGAACUUUAUAAGAAAAUGAAUGUAUUUGGGAUUUUUGGUCGAAUCAGAUGAUUUAUCUUAUGCACUAAUGUCUGUCAAAGUUUCUACUCAAGAACAAAGUUAUGUAAAGUCGCUGUCUCUAUGCUUGAUGGGUGAAUCAAACGCAAUUAAUAAAUCAUAUGGUCAUUUUUGAAA